AUGUGCCUCAAUGAGCGGGGUGGACCAAACUGGGUUGACAAUUUUGUCGAUUCACCAGUCAUUGUGAACGCGACAUCAGACGAAUUUUACAAGCAGCCAAUGUUUUACGCAAUGGGACAUUUCAGCAAAUUUUUCAAACGAGAUGCUGUACGAGUGAACACUACCGCGGUCACUGGCUCGAAUGGAAUCCUCGCUACCACUGGUCGUCUACAAAGGGCGCCGAACUGUGACACUGAUUAA